CUUUCGCUCCCCCUACAAGAUAGGCCCGCCCACUCGAGCCCUCCCGUGUCACGUGCCGUAUCCACUCCACGUGGUUGUCUCUCCAUUCUCCUUCUGCUUGAGCUCUACAGCGUGCUCCUUUGUCUCGCGGGGGGUCUCUGGGAUCCUGGUGCGACGUUGCUACUUAGGAGCCUGCCGCUUGUGAGACGGCGCUGUCGGCUGCUUGGGUUAGGACCUAGCUGGGGACCUGAGAUGCCAAAACGGGGGAAGAAAAAAGAAGAUGGAGUCCUUGCUGAGGAGAAGGAGGUGCCUGAGCCGGAGCCUAAGAAGGCUAAGAAAGGUGGAGGGAAAGCGGAGAAGGAGGCAGACGGCCCCAUCCUGUACGAAGAUCCUCCAGAUAAGCUCACUUCUCCCAGUGGCAAGAAAUAUACGUUGAAGAUCACUUCCUGGAAUGUGGACGGGCUCCGUGCCUGGGUCAAGAAGAAAGGUUUAGAGUGGGUGUGCAAAGAGGACCCUGAUGUGCUCUGCCUUCAAGAAACCAAGUGCGCAGAGAAGCAGCUCCCCGCCGACAUCCGGGAUAUGGCUGAAUAUCCCCACAAGUACUGGGCCUGCUCCGACGACAAGGAAGGCUACAGCGGCGUGGCCAUGCUCUCCAAGGUCAAGCCGAUCGAUGUCACCUUCGGCAUCGGUGAGGAGGAGCAUGACAAGGAAGGCCGGGUGAUCACAGCUGAAUUUCCCUCCUAUUUCCUGGUGACGGCCUACGUGCCCAACGCGGGGCGAGGGCUGGUGCGCCUGGAAUACCGCCAACGCUGGGACGUGGCCUUCCGCUCUUACCUACAGCGCCUGGCCGCCCGCAAGGCCCUCAUCCUGUGCGGGGACCUCAACGUGGCGCACCAGGAGAUCGACCUGAAGAAUCCCAAGGGCAACAAGAAGAAUGCAGGCUUCACCCCGGAGGAGCGGGCCGGCUUCGGGGAGCUGCUGGAGGCCGGCUUCACCGACACGUUCCGACACUUCUACCCCGACACGCCCUACGCCUACACCUUCUGGACCUACAUGAUGAACGCCCGGGCGAAGAACGUGGGCUGGCGGCUUGACUACUUCCUGGUGUCCAAGGGGCUGCUGGAGGGCUUGUGCGACAGCAAGAUCCGCUCUGGGGCUCUGGGGAGCGACCACUGUCCCAUCACCCUGUAUCUGGCUGUGUGAUGGGACGGAGGGCAGUAUUGCAUUGGCCUUGCAGUACUGCAGCUUGCGCGUGGGGUAACUCCAUGUUUCCCCUGAGAGAUGCACGGUUGUGUGAGAUGAUUACAUGUGUGUGUGUGCACCCUUUUAUAGCAAGGGGUUGGAUUUCUGUGUCUAUCAUGGCAGGGAGACGAGAUUACGGUGCCCGGGGUUGCCAGCCGCUGACCGGAGACUGCCUCGGCUGUAAUCGCGCUGGCUGUAGCAAGGUUUUGUCAUUUGCUAUGGGGCUCUGGUUUCAGUAGACAGGUAGACUACUCCUGGAGUAGACAGGAGGAAAGCAGGUGUGGACACACUAAUGCAGGAGAGGACGUCUGGCCACUCCUUUUUCUUGGGGCUGUUAAAAAAAAUAACGGAUAGCUUCUCCCGUUCAGUAACUGGCAACCCCUAUACUCUGGGAUUCUCACAACAGGGAGUGCAAGGGCCUGCUAGAGAAAGCCGAUUCUCCUUUUCCCAUCCAACAACCACAUGUGCUCCUCUCAGCCUGUGAAUCUCCAUCUUCUCCACCUUAUUUUUCUAUCAAACAGUUUAUCUUUAGAGCCUAACCCCUGCCAUAUUUCCUGGAUUUAGGAGGCUGUACUCCUAACACAGAUUUAAUCUCUCAAAAGAACAUUAAACUUCCCUUUUCAUAAAAGCAACAGGCCGAAGGGCAUCAAGUAAGCUCUGUCGUUCAGCAGGGUCUGGGAUCCAGGCCCCCGGGCCUAGUUGUGCUACUCUAACCGCAGUAUCACACCAGCUCCAAGUACUCUGUAGUAAAACCAAAGUGAUUGUUCAUGCAAAUAUGGCCUGUUUCACCUUAAUCAGUCCAUCUGCUUCUCCUCUCAAGACAAAUGUGAAAAUUCGCUUAUUGGUUUUUCCAAUCGCAGAUUUGAAAAGUGUGGGAUUCAUGACUGGGAAAUGUGCAGUUUGGCAAUUUGUUUUUUUUAAUUGGCGGGGGGGGGCAUUUUGGGGGUCGCUAUCACUUUACCUUUUUUGGUCACUUCACAACCACAAUUCCCCUAACCCCGUUUGCCAUUAAAACCAAUGGCUCUCCAACCACAAGAGUUUCCAGGAACGAAACCCUUGCGGUUGGCUGUAUGAUUUAGGGCUUUGCGCCCCUUGUCCGGGGUUUUCAGACUUGGGUCUCUUGAUGUUGCUGGACUACAACUCCCAUUAUCCCCAGCCACAAUGGGGAUGUUGUCCAGCAUCAGCAAGGGACCCAAGUUUUAGAAGCCCAUCUCCAGGUGGAAGUGUGGGAUUCAGUACUACGUGGAGAACUUGGUGUAGGUUUUGUUGGUUUUUAAAAAGGCUUCUGGCCCUCAAGCUUGACCCGAACACAUGUGGGCAAUCGGGGGGGGGGGGAGGACCAUUUGGUUUUGGCACCUCUGCCCCUCUUCUGCACGUAGCAAGAAACAGAGUAAGUUAUGCAACUAUGCUGGGGUGGGGGGCAGCACUGAGAGCUCUACUUCCACUUCCUGUUUCGUUCAUAAGCGUGCAGGGCCCCACUACUAGAAAGAGAGCCAUUUGAAAAUGGCAGGGCGUUUUCACUGAAUCUUUGCUAUGCAUCAGAAUAAAGCAUCUGCUCGUGACUGAG